AUGCAUGAGACCACUAAGCCGGUAAACAGUGACAAGCUGCAGAGAGCGGAGGAGAGUAUUAUCGCCACCACUACUAUAAUCGCUGGUGCUAAUCCAAGUAGAAGGAAGAUUCGCUCAACUAACUGCUUAUAUCCACACACAGCUCACAAAUUUAGCCCAGUUUGUCCGCAACGCCUACCCGAUAUCGGCAAUGAGACAGCCGCUUUAGAGCGAAUGCCCAAGGGACGAUUGGAGUAUUUGAAACGUCUACUGCCAUAUCUGCAAAAUCAAUCGGAAGAUUGCCUUUAUUUGAAUAUUUACGUGCCCAUACAAGUUGCUUCACGUGAUUCCUCCAGUGGUGGCAGCAGCAGCUCGAGCAACAGUGGCAGCAGUAAUAGCGGUAGUAGUAGUAGUGGGAGUGGCGGUGGCAGUGGUGGCGGACAAACCAAAUACCCGGUGCUCGUAUUUGUACAUGGCGAAUCAUAUGAAUGGAAUAGCGGCAAUCCAUACGAUGGCUCAGUAUUGGCAAGCUUUGGUCAAAUACUCGUCGUUACAAUUAACUAUCGCCUGGGCAUAUUAGGUUUCCUAAACGCAAACACAGAUCGUUACUCAAAACUGCCAGCCAACUAUGGCCUAAUGGACAUUAUUGCUGCGCUGCACUGGUUGAAGGAGAACAUCGCUGCCUUUGGUGGUGAUCCGCAAAGUAUUACACUGGCCGGUCAUGGCACGGGUGCCGCGUGUGUGCAUUUUCUCAUCUCAUCGCUGGCGGUGCCGGAAGGUUUGCUCUUCAAUCGCGCCAUACUCAUGUCCGGCUCCGGGCUGGCGCCUUGGUCACUAGUCAGCAAUCCCGCCAAAUAUGCAGCCAUUGUUGCACAUCAUGUGAAUUGUGCGCCCGACCUGCCGCAUGCACAUCUCAUGAAAUGUCUGCGGGAUAAGACGCUGGAGCAACUGCUGGGCGUACCAAUACGUCAGCCAGAAUUCGGUUUUGCCUUUGGACCGAGCAUUGAUGGCGUAGUAAUCGAUGGCGGCGACUAUGUGCCGCCAGCGCCUGGCUCAGCGGCUGCACAAGCUCAAGCCUCGACUGCUGGGAGUGGUGGCCUCGGUGGUGGUGCGGGCAUUGCAGCUGCGGGUGGCUGGGGUACACCAGGACAGCUGGAGAAUAUUGUAUUAAUGAGGAAAACAGCCAUUAACAAGUUGUCAAGGUAUGUAAACUGCGACGGAUUUAUUUACCAAUAUUUGCGUAUGUUUGAUUGGGUUAUUUACGUAGGGCAAGAAGGAAAUAAUUUGGUGCUUGGGGAAUAA